AUGGGGGCUGAGCGGCAGCUGGCGCGCCCAUGGCAGCGCUGGCAGCUGACGCUGGUCCCCGCGCUGGCCGCCCUGCCCGCGCUGGCCCUCCUGGCGCUCGCCGGCCCGGGCGCGGCUGGGCGCCGGCGGCUGCAGGCGGCCGCGCUGGAGGAGGCGGACGUACACAGCCUGGCGGGGCAGUUUGACAUACGCCUUCCCAGCGUCCCCGAGCGGCUGCCCGACGGCAUGGAGGGCAUCCUGAAGGACAUCAAGAAGGACGUGGAAGAGGGCAUGACUGUCAAGGAGGUCCUUCAGGACGUCAAGCGAGACUGGAAGAAGGACAUGCCGGGGGUCAAGGGCGAUAUCCGUGACAUCCCGAAGGCCGUGUCCUGA